CCAGGGCCGGCGCGGGAGUCCGCCCGCCCUCUCCGCCGCGGCUGCCGGGCUUCCAGAAGGCCAAGCAUUAGCAGCCUCAGAGCGCCUCGGCCCCCACCCUGCUCCACCCGCGUCACCAGCCGCCUCCUACUCCUCUUCCUCUCCCCUCUCUCAGGGAGGCGAAGCUAGGGCGGCUUUCAGGCGGCGCUGCAGACCGCUCUGCAAACCCCAGCCGAGGACCUGCGAAUGAAUCCCGGAGCCCAGAGACCCCUUGGCGGCGGCUCUUUCUAAUAACACUUUGCCUGAAGUGGGGUCGUGGCGGAGUUUCUCCUCCACCUCUCAAUGCAAACACUAUGCGGAGAGCAGUCGGCUUCCCUGCGCUGUGCUUGCUUCUUAAUCUUCACGCUGCAGGGUGCUUUUCAGGAAAUAAUGAUCACGUUUUGGCAAUUCAUCAUAAAAAGAAUGGGAAGCCAGCAUUCAUUUAUCACCAUUCACAAGACAUUGAGAAGAGCCUGGAUGUAGCUCCACAAAAGAUAUAUAAGCAUUCCUCUGCUGGAGCUCAAAUAAGCAAACGCCACCAAAUUGUUAAUUCAGCAUUUCCUAGACCUGCAUAUGAUCCAUCUCUCAAUCUUUUGGCUGUAGCUGGUCAAGAUCUUGAAGUGGAAAACCUUCCAAUCCCAGCAGCAAAUAUAAUUGUGGUGACACUGCAAAUGGAUGUUGACAAGCUGAACAUAACCUUGCUUCGAAUAUUCCGCCAAGGAGUGGCCGCAGCUUUAGGACUCUUACCCCAGCAAGUGCACAUCAAUCGCCUCAUUAGCAAGAAGAACAGUAUUGAACUCUUUGUGUCUCCCGUAAAUCGAAAAGGAGGAAUUUCAGAAUCUCUGCCAUCUGAGGAAGUGCUGCGUUCACUUAAUAUCAAUGUUUUGCAUCAGAGUUUAUCCCAAUUUGGAAUUACAGAAGUCUCCCCUGAGAAAAAUGUUUUACAAGGGCAGCAUGAAGCGGACAAAAUCUGGAGCAAAGAAGGAUUUUAUGCUGUUGUCAUAUUUCUCAGCAUCUUUAUUAUUAUAGUAACGUGUUUGAUGAUUCUUUACAGAUUAAAAGAAAAAUUUCAGCUUUCUUUGAGACAAGAUAAAGAGAAAAAUCAGGAGAUCCACCUAUCACCGCUCACGUUACAGCCAGCACAGUCUGAGGCAAAGACAGUCAACAGCAUGGUCCAGCCUGAGCAGGCCCCGAAGGUACUAAGUGUGGUCGUGGACCCUCAAGGCCGAUACACUCCUGAGAUCAGAGCUACCACCUCUGUCUGCCCUUCUCCUUUCAAAAUGAAGCCUAUAGGACUUCAAGAGAGACGAGGGUCCAACGUAUCUCUUACAUUAGACAUGAGUAGCUUGGGGAAUAUUGAACCCUUUGUGGCUAUUCCAACCCCACGGGAGAAGGUCACAAUGGAGUAUCUGCAGUCAGCCAGCAGAAUUCUCACAAGGUCACAGCUGAGGGACGUCGUGGCAAGUUCACACUUACUCCAAAGUGAAUUCAUGGAAAUACCAAUGAACUUUGUGGAUCCCAAAGAAAUUGACAUUCCACGUCAUGGAACUAAAAAUCGAUAUAAAACCAUUUUGCCAAAUCCCCUCAGCAGAGUGUGUUUACGACCAAAAAAUGUAACUGAUUCUUUGAGCACCUACAUUAAUGCUAAUUAUAUUAGGGGCUACAGUGGCAAAGAGAAAGCAUUCAUCGCCACACAAGGCCCCAUGAUCAACACCGUGAAUGAUUUCUGGCAGAUGGUUUGGCAGGAAGACAGUCCCGUGAUUGUUAUGAUCACAAAACUCAAAGAAAAAAAUGAGAAAUGUGUGUUAUACUGGCCUGAAAAGAGAGGAAUAUACGGGAAAGUCGAGGUUCUGGUUAUCAGUGUAAAUGAAUGUGAUAACUACACUGUUCGAAACCUUGUAUUAAAGCAAGGAAGUCACACCCAACAUGUGAAGCAUUACUGGUAUACCUCAUGGCCCGAUCACAAGACUCCAGAUAGCGCCCAGCCCCUUCUACAGCUCAUGCUGGAUGUAGAAGAAGACAGACUUGCUUCUGUGGGCCGAGGGCCUGUGGUUGUCCACUGCAGUGCGGGGAUAGGUAGAACGGGGUGUUUUAUCGCUACGUCCAUUGGCUGUCAACAACUGAAAGAAGAAGGAGUUGUCGAUGCACUGAGCAUCGUCUGCCAGCUUCGCGUAGACAGGGGUGGGAUGGUCCAAACCAGUGAACAGUAUGAAUUUGUUCAUCAUGCUCUAUGCCUGUACGAGAGCAGACUUUCGGGAGAAACUGUCCAAUGAUUCUCUGAAGAUUCACCAGACCAUCAAUCUCUAGGGGUGAUUAAUCAAUUACCCACUUGAGGCUUCUAGCAGGAGCUUCCUGCAACAGAAGGAAAGAGAAGCCCUGAAGCCAAGCCGUGGCAUGGACUGUGGAAGAUGGCAACAUAUUAAAGAUUGCCAGCCCCUCGUGUAUAUGAAUGCACUUGUAAGCAUCUCUAAAUUGUUUUGAAGGUCCUAUGCUGAUGGAGGUAUGAUAUAUUUCUCACACAGCUAAGGAGGAUUUUGUUUUGCCUGUAUUGAUUAUCUGCCACACAGAAUGUAUGUAUGAAAUACUCAGUGAUACAUGUCAUCAGAUGACAACUGGAAAAGCUGCUGAAGAAAUUAUUAUUGUGUUUAGACGCUUUAAUGUUUGCAAAAUCUGUCUUGUGAAUGGACUAUCAGCUGUAACACUGUUCUUGUUUUAAGUGCUAUUACCUUUCUCAGUUACCAGAAUCUUGCCACUAAAGUUGCAAGUGAUCGAUAAUGGAUUUUUAAUAAAUAAGUCCUUGUUUUUGAAAAAAAUCAAAAGCAGUAACUAUUUUAUAUGGAAAUGUGUCUUAAUAAUAUUAACUAUUAAAUGUGUAUUUAUCAAUACCUCCUAUAAAUCAAUUACAGAGCACAACGAUUGUCACUGGGUAUAUAUGUAUUUAUUAUCUAUUAUUGGGCGAAGAGAUGGUUUCUGCUCCAGAACUCUAUCCACUGUAUUUCUACAUUGUGAGUCAUUUUAUUUUAAAAAGGAAAAACAAAUUUGUAGCAACUGUGAUGUAUCAAGAAUUUUAAAUAUUUGUCUCUCUUUUACUAAGAAGAAGAUUUUUGAAUAUGUUGUCUACCUGGAAUCUCUCACCCAAUAAAAGGCAGUUGCUUUUGGGAAUGGUGUAAUUUGUUGCAUUUCCAGAGAUUCUUCAAAAGGAUGCUGCCAUGGAGAUCCUUAAAUUUCUGAAAGGUUUUAAUUCUCAAGAGACAAAGUUAAAAAAAAAAAAACUACACUCAGCAAACACUAGAUGUUCUGCUCAAAUAUGAAUUUUUAAUGCAGUUAUGUUGACUUUGUUUCAUACUGCCAAUAAACUACUCUUAAUACUAAAAAUUGA